AUGGAAGAAAAGUUAAAUGAAAUGGAACAAGCUGGUAUCAUCACAAAGACAUCAACGCCUUACAGUAGUCCAUUGACAUUCACUCUUAAAAAAAACGGCUCAAUUAGAGUUCUGCUUGAUGCCAGAAGCAUAAAUAAGAAAAUGGUUGCAGAAACAGAGAAACCACCUAUACAAUUAGAUGUUUUGAAUUCAUUUCACGGAGCGAAUUAUAUCACUACCAUUGACUUAAAUAAUGCAUAUUUUCAAAUUCCGAUAAAUAAAGAUGGUAGAAAAUAUACUGGAUUCACAUUUAAUGGAAAGUCAUAUGUAUAUAAUGUUUUGCCGCAAGGAUUAAAAACAUCAGUAGGAAGCUUUAGCAGAGCCAUGAAUUUAAUAUUAGGACCAGAAGUCCAAGAAUUUUGUGUGAACUAUUUAGAUGAUGUAGCCAUUAUUACAACAGGAACGUUAGAUAAACAUUUGGAGCACAUUGAUAUUGUUUUAAGUAAAUUGAACAAAGCUGGCUUAACGUGUAACUUGCAGAAAUGUGAAUUUAUUUGUAAAGAAAUUAAAAUGCGGGGUUUUAUAAUUUCAACAGAAGGCAUAAAGACAGAUCCCGAUAAGAUUGGAGCGAUCCAAGAGUUUCCAGCACCUAAAAAGAUUAAACAAUUAAGGGCCUUUUUAGGUCUAUGCAAUUUUUAUAGAAGGUUUAUACCAAAUUAUAGCGAGAGCAUAAUACCGCUCUGUGAAUUACUUAAAAAGGGACGAAAGUUCCAAUGGAGCGGUAAAGAACAGAAGGCAUUUGAUUUUAUAAAACAACAAUUUAUUAAUACAAUACAAUUGCAUCAUCCAGACUUUAAUAAGCCGUAUUAUUUACAAACAGAUUGUUCCGGUGUGGGUAUGGCCGGAGUACUAUAUCAGAUAGAUGAUAAUAAUGAAAUGAGAAUUUUAGGCUAUCAUAGUAAAGCCUUAAAAGGCCCCGAAUUAAAUUGA